AUGCUGGCCAGCGAGGUAUGCCCCAUUCCCGCGCAGAACUGGCGAAAAGACGCCCCCCGCGCCGAGACCCGAAAUAGUACACUCUCCUCCACCCCAGCAGCGGCGGCGGCGGCGGCGGCGGCGGCGAAGCGGGGAGCUCCAGGAACGGGCUCCGCGUCAGCAUCGGCGCGAGAAGAUAAGACGGAGAGCUCCUGCGACAGUACCACGAGGAAGACGAAGCAGCAGCCGCUCGUGCAACGAGGAAAUCCCACGGCGGCCGGCCAUCACAAAGCGGCCCUUUCCGUGACGAUCGAAGACGCGUCAUCUGAAGAUUCCUCAGCGGACUUCCCGGCGCGCUUCGAAACUGAGUCCAAGCCUGUCACGCUCGGAGAAGCGUCAUUGUCUUCAGUGCCGCCCUUUCGAGUCGGAGUUUUCUCCGCGCAGUCGCAUCUCCGGGAGAACGCGCCGUUUGGUUCCGCCUCGCCGGCGACUUCCCCCACGCCGUCCGCGUGCUCCGCGCGCUCGUCCGUCAUCUCGACCUUCUCGCUCGCGCGCCGCUCCUCCUUCUCCUCCUCCGCCUCCAGUUCCGUCGCCAGCGGCGGCAGCAGCAGCAGCGGCGGCGGCGGCGGCGGCGGCGGCGGCGGCGGCCACGGCGACUUCACGCCGCCCAUCUCCAGAUGCAGCACGCUUUUGGGAAGCGCGAGCAGCACCAUUGACGAAAACGACGUGCCGUCGUUCGCGGCAAGGAAAGACAGGGAUACAACGCCGUCGUAUCUUCUCUCGUCCCGCCCAAAAUCCCCGCGGCAGUCGCCCACCGAUUACCACGGCGAUGAAGACGGAGGCGCGGCGAUUUCCCGCGUGUGCACUGCGCCGUCCGUCGCGGACAGCAGCAGAUCGCGCCCGCCGCGGCUCGUGAUGGAGCGCUUGCGCCUCGGCCUUCCUAACCGCACGUCCUCGCUACCUCUACGCGGCCUAGACUCCCCUACUGCCUCUCCUGCUAAUUCUCCUGCCGCGAAUGACACGAGUGGCACGACUGGCAUGGCUCGUACGAGAAUGAGCGGUCAUUCCGUGCCCAAAUGCUCCUCCCUGGCAAGUGAUCCUGCACCUGCGGGGUUACAUUCACCUGUGUCUCAAACUACAUGGGAGCACAUGCGGCGACGGACGGUGGCAGCAACGGGUGUGAAGGAGCAAGGGGGCGAGGAUCUACAGAUGGAUGGGGAGGAAAUGAGACAGCAGCAGCAUUGGCCGGAGGAGGAAGGGAUGGGCGAGACGGAACGCAAAUCGCAAUUUCUUGCUGAGUCGGCCUGCCUGAACUGGGAAGAUGUGGAAGAGCUGUGUCAUCGCAUGGACAUAGCAGGCAUUCGUAUAGAAACCCUGGACAUCCAACCUGUGGAUGAUGAUAACCAUCCGCCAUCGCAUGCUGCAAAGGCGCACACAGGCACGACAGCAACAGCACCAGCAGCUGCUGCUGCUGCCUGCAACGCCCUAGUAGGCCGCUCAGGGCCGGUGUCUGUUGGUAAGGACAUGACGAGAUUCAGUGGGGAGGAGUCGUGUGCCAGUGCAGCAUCAGUGGUGGCGCUCAAGUUCAGUGGCAUGCACAUGUGCGACGGUUCAGUCGCCGCCUUCCCCGCAGCGUCCGGCAUCUACGCGAUCUACGAUAAAGAAGGCGCGCUGCAGUACAUGGGGCUGUCGCGGCGGCUGGCGGCGAGCCUGCAGGCGCACGCGGAGGACCUCCCCGAGAUGUGCGGCGCUGUCAAGCUCGCAGUGGUAGCGGCGACGAACAAGGAGGCCCUGGUGGAGGCGUGGAAGGCGUGGAUGCAGGAGCACGUGGCGGGCACGGGCAAGGUGCCGCCGGGCAACGAGAGCGGCAACUCCACGUGGACCACGCGGCGCGUGAAGCGUGUCAAGCCGGACCUGCGUAUCGUGCCGGGGCCUCAUGUCAAGCUCACGAUUCCUCUCAGCGAGCUGAUUGAGAAGCUGGUGAAGGAGAACCGGGUGGUUGCAUUCAUCAAGGGCACUCGCACAUCGCCGCAGUGUGGCUUCUCGCACCGCGUGCUGACGCUGCUGAACGAGGCACGGGUGGACUAUGAGACACUCAACGUGUUGGACGAGGACCACAACCCGGGCAUCCGAGAGGGUAUCAAGGAGUACAGCCAAUGGCCCACCAUCCCGCAGGUAUUCGUGAACGGGGAGUUCAUCGGGGGGGCGGACAUUCUAGAGGAGAUGGCUCAGUCUGGCGAGCUCAAGGAGGCCCUGGCGGCGCCACAGCAGCAGACUGCCACUGCUGCUGCUACCGGAGGUUUGGCCUAG